AUGUCCCACUUCCCCAUAAAUCAAGCAACUCCGCAAGGCAUAAUGUCGGCUCACUCAAAUACACAGACUGUAGCCUAUGGCUCAGUUUCUAAUCUACAAAACAUCGCCGUCACAACCUUAGCUCCACGCAAAGAUGGCUACUGGGUGAUCUACAUCCACGGUGGUGCCUGGCGGGAUCCAACGGUUACAUCGGCAUCCUUCAAUGCCACGGAAUCCAUACUUCGCGAGAAAGGCCUACCUAUUGCCGGAUUCGCCUCGAUUUCGUACCGUCUCAGCGCACACCCAAAUCACCCACAAGACCCAACAAAUACCGACCCGAAGGACUUCCAAGAUGCGAAACACCCUGACCACAUCGCCGAUGUGGAGGCAGCGCUCGUGUUCCUCCAGAAUACAUACGGGUUCGGUACGCGAUACAUCCUGGUUGGACACAGUUGCGGCGCAACGCUGGCCUUCCAAUCCGUGAUGGGUGCGCUCUCAGGUCAUCGUGAACAGGGGCUCGCUACAUUGACAGCGCAACCCACUGCCAUUGUCGGUGUGGCGGGUAUCUACGAUCUGCGACGGCUACGGGAUACGCAUGUUGAUAUCUCGGCUUACCAGGACUUUAUCGAGGGAGCUUUCGGGGCAGAUGAGAUGCUCUGGGAUGGAGUAUCGCCGGCCCAGGUGGCUGGCCCUCGAGGAGUGGAAGGCGGAUGGAAGUCUGGAACGUUGGCUGUCCUGGCGUAUUCCAAGGACGAUGGGUUGGUGGACGGGUCUCAGGUAGAGGUCAUGAAGGAGGCUUUGAGGAACUGGGAGAAGACGGAGGCACAGGUACCUGUGCAAGAGGUUUCACACCGUGAUAGACGGCUCCGCAUCUUGUCGAUCAGCGGUGCUCAUGAUGAGGCAUGGGAGAAUGGCGAGCAACUGGCUCGCGCGGUAACGUUUGCAUUCGAACAAUUGCAGGAAAUGGGGCUGGCCCCGUAGUUCUGAUGCCGAGGAGGACAUACUUGUCGAGCAUUCUAAGUGGC